GCUCGACCAAUCGCGUCGCGCGCUGUUUGAAGCAUCGUCGCAGUGCACUCAAACACACACGCACACGGGACGGGAGGCGCUGCUGUUGGUUACAGCCUGGGAUCAGCGCGAGUCGUGAAGCUCGACCCAGGUGACCGCCCUCGUCAAACACCACAACCGUUUCCCCUUCCCAGUCACCGCAACGAACGUCACUACAGCUCUUCCUUCUGUGGUUUAAAGCGUUUGGUCUGCCCUGUGGUCGGCAUGCUCAAGGUCAACCUUUAGUUGAAACUCGCUUAGCAGACGCUGACCUCCUCUCACUCGGAGGUGACCCUCAAAGAUGUGCGACUUAGUCGAAAACCAUUCGACUCUCCCUGUGGAGAUCUGAGUUGUCCCUCACCGAGGCAGCUGAGGAAGAUGCUGGGUUCAGAGCGCGGAGUUGUGGAAGAAUGGCUCUCCGAAUUCAAGUCCUUACCAGAAACCCAGCUCUCAAGUUAUGCCGGCAGCCUGCACUUGAAGAAAUCCUUAGUACCAGCGCUGUACAGGGUCAUCCAAGAUCCUGGAAAUGAGUUAUUGGAGCCCGUGUGCCACCAGCUGUUCGAGCUCUACCGCAGCUCUGAGAACCGCCUGCGGCGUUUCACCAUGCAGUUUCUGCCCGAGCUGGUGUGGGUGUAUCUUCGAGUCACGGCCAGCAGAGAUCGGCAGAGCAAUGGCUGCAUUGAGGCCCUCCUCCUCGGCAUCUACAACCUGGAGAUUGUGGACAAAGACGGCAACAGCAAGCUCCUUUCCUUCACCAUCCCCUCGUUAUCCAAACCGUCGAUUUAUCAUGAGCCUUCAAGCUUGGGUUCCAUGGCCUUGACAGAGGGGGCUCUGUGUCAACACGACCUGAUCCGAGUGGUGUACAGCGGCCUCCACCCUCAGAGAGAGACCUUCACGGCUCAAAACAGAUUUGAGGUGCUGUGUUUCCUCAUGCUGUGCUACAACUCCGCCGUCGUCUACAUGCCCCUGUCCUCCUAUCAGUCAGUCUGCAGAAUGAGCUCCCGGUUGUGUGUGUGCGGUUUCCCGCGGCAACAGCAGAAACUCUGGAGGGAACCUCCCAACCGUGUGCUCUUGGACCCGGAGUUCAUGGUGCAAAUGCUGACUGCUGUUUAUCAUGCCAUAUACAACGGAGAGUGGGAGAUGGGUCGGGAAGCUUUGGAGGACAUUUUGUACAGAUCCCAGCUGGAGCUUUACUCCCAGCCUCUUCUGCUGGGCAACGCCAUGAAGAACUCACUGCCAGACAGCGCCCCAAACGAACCUCAAGGCCGCAAAGUUCUGCAGGUGGAAGUCACACCCACCGUAAGGCGCAUCUCCAUCUCGGCCAUCACCACCGCCUCCAUCCGACGCCACCGCUGGAAGAGAGAGGAUUGUUUUGACUUCUCGAGCGACGCAGAGCCUAGCGUCGCCGUCGCGCGACCUAAUCCCGCCCGACACCCAUCGGCCAAUGAGCAGAGAGGAGGGGGCCCUCACGGCCACCAUCACACCAGCAGCGUCAUUCCCCCCAUCACUCUCGAGGAAGCAGACGGCAUGAGCGGCGGCGAGGAUUCCUUCAACGCAAACGACCCAGACGAGGGUUUCUCUUCCGGGGCAUCCAACAGCAGCCAGCCCUGCGGCACCAGAGCGGGCGGUGGUCUGAGGCCCGGCAGCCAGAGCAGCGGCGGCAGCAGCAUCAAGAAAGCCAUCACGGCCCGAUUGUCCCGGGAUAAGGAGCGAGACAAGCCCGAGGCAGCAAAGCAUGCCGACGCGUCGGCGGCGGAGGUCAAGCGGCAGCACCAGAGGAAGCAGUCGCCCCCGGCCAGCAUCCGACUAGAUGCCAUCCAGCUAAGUCCCAUCAAGAAGCACUUGAGCUUCCCCUCCGGACCGCCUCUGGUACGGACUGGCAGCACCUCCUCCAGCAAGUCUUUUGACUGCAUGGCCUUCAGCUUAAACGGCGGCAGACAGGAACGGGAGGGCGGCGGCGGAGACUCGGCCGAGGACAGCGGGCGUCCCGCCGGCGCCGCCCACCGCCAUUCCACAGUCAGCCUGCAGGAGGGUCAAACGAUCAGGCCGGACGACCCUCUCGUGUCCCCUGGGACUCCCCUCACCAAGCAGUCCCGAUCCCCCAGCUUCAACAUGCAGAUCAUAUCACAGGUUUGACAUGUGCAGUGGAUAUACCAAAUGUCUACACACCCCCGUUUAAAUGCAAGAUCAUGUUGAAACCACGAUAAAUCAUUUCGAGUGACCUCUAACGCUUACAACUCAAUUGAAAUGAUUCUUGCUGAGACAGGGUUAAAAAAUAUAUAUAUUUAAUCGAGUUGUAUAGACCGCAUAAAUCACAGGUGUCAAACUCAAAACCCGGGGGCCAGAUACGGCCCGCCACAUCAUUUUAGGUUGCCCGCGAAGACAAAUUGUACAUCGACUUCAUGUGUCAAUACUCAAAUUCCAAAUUGUCUUCACUUUUAAAAAUAGAGAUAUUGCUAGCAUUUUUUAUUACCAUUCAUUUUUGAAAAUAUUUAAAUGGUUUGGUUUGAAAACUAGUAAUUCAUCAGUUUGUUGCGCAGCCUAUACUGUAUAAAGUAUAAGGUUUUGACAGUUAUAAUGGCCCUCAGAAGGAAACCAUUAAUGGUGUGAAAUGUUCCAAAAUGAUUUAGCUGGGUCUCAUUAUUUUAAUCAUAAGAAUCUAGGAUUUGAACAGGUGUGUGUCGACUUUUUAAAUCCGCUGCAUGUGGAUGUAUGUGUGUGUGUGUAAAUCUUCAACUGUGGAAAAGAGGUAAUUCCUCAGGCUCCUAAAAGGGAAACGGCAAGAUUCUCGGCUUCAUGCAGUGGUUCCUUGACAUUUCAUCUUUAGUUUGAGUCGACAUUCACUCAGCAAUACUCCCCCGCGGAAAGGCGUCUUUGCUCUUUGUCCUCCUCAUCCCUCCCGUCAUUCCCGGGUACACGUGCAAUCGCGCUCACUUGCUAAAUCUUGCCCGAUAGUUGCUGGGUUUUUUUUAAUCAGGAAUAUAGAUGUGUAUAUAUGGUGGUUUGAGGAGAUUUCAGUUAUUCUUUGUAAGUGGCAAUCCAAAGAAAGAAGGUCGGAUGUUCAAGUUAACACGUCGGUUAUUUUUAAUGUUAAAUGGUUCAAUCGGUGUUGGUGUGCUGUCAAACCAAACUGGAACUCAUUAAGGAGUGCCGACCUGGGACUUGAGGAAAUCACUACUGCAGUCAUUAUUACCAAAUGUAAUAAUAUACAAAUAUAUAUAUAUAUAGAGAGAGAGAAAUAUACAUGUACUCUGUGUAAAGCAUUGUAGACAGGAUAAUCAAAUGAUUGGUUCCCGGAGCAUUAGCUCGUCAUGCUGGCCUUUGUCUGACCUCUAGUGGCGAGUGGCUGUCAUAGCGUUCUAUUGAGUUAAUGCAGUUGUCGUGGAACAUGUUUAGUCUACCUCAUCACGUGUUUUCACCAAGAGCCCAUUAGGUUGGGGACAUUGGGCGCUUGAAUUAGCCCAUCCUAUUUCUUCAUAUACAAAAUGGCUGUCAUCCGUUUGGGGUCAUUCCAAACAAUUGGAUCCAUUCAACUGCUCUUUUAAGAUGUCUUACUUUUUUUUGUGUUUUCUUUUGUAAGUGCAAUUGUUUGGACUCCUCACACUGUCCACUCGCCUUAAGUUACGUCAAAUCCCCUCCUGAGCCGCAUGCUCGUCGUACCCCAGUGUCACCCCACCAUCCUUUCGUCACCACACGUGCCAACGCGCAUCCUGUCCUUAAACAACUUAUUUGCUUGCCUGUCUUAAGUUGAACACGGUUUUGAUUUUUUGUUUUGUUUUAAAUUCAUAGGUGAUGGUAACUACUGUACAUAACUGCACUUUUUGGGGGAUGGGGGGGGUAUUGUCGUCAUGGUGUCUUUGAAGCGAGGUUACAUGGUGAUUGUACAUACUCGUUGGCUGUAUAUGACCCGAGAUGACAUAGGGACCGGCUGGAGGGUUGGUGAUUGUUUCUCUUUGUCCGUUGUCGUAAAAUAUGCAUGUGGUAUUGCAGGCGAAGUGAUCACCCGCCAUCACCUAACGUGCGUUUCGUACUGACCACCCACGCCCAAGUCAUCAGUGGAACCUUGAAAGUGCGGCUCCAUAUGUUCCAAGGCACUUUUUGAUUUGUAACUUGUUGUUGUAAGUUGUGGCUUGUCAUACAACCAAAAAUGACAAGAUAACUGCUGGGCUAUUGGCGAGUUUCUGACCAUGAUGACAAGCAGUUUCUUCUUCAGACAACAAAACUCAGUGCAGCUCUGCUUACCUUUUGCCUUUGUGUUUUGGAUGGCAUAAUUAUUGAAAGGCUCUGGAUCUUAACCCAGCCUGUCAAGUUUAAUUGUUUACUUGAUGGGUCAGCAGGCACUACAGAGACAAUUAUUUGUUUACAAAGGAUUCCAAAUUUUCUAAUUAUUUUUUAGACCUCCCCCCCCCUAACACACACACAAACUGAACAUCAGAUAGGUUUUUGUUGUUGUUGUUGUACGGCUUUGAAGGUUCACAAACAAAUCUUACCCUCGAGGAAACAAUGAAAAUUUAUUUAUUUGUAUUUUUUUUAAGGGAAAAUUUAAACACCCUUUUAUGCUGGUCCACGUGUAUAACUUUGGACGUUUCUCUUGUCUGGUCCAAAUGAUUUCAAAGUUUAUUUUCAGUUCUGCAUGUCUGACAAAUUAAGUUUUCAAUCAUUGUGAUGCACUUUAAUCCAUCCACCUUUACUGGAAAAAUAUAAAAGAGGAUUAUAUAGUAUAUGAUAUAUGUAUAUGUCGAUGUGUAUACGCUCAGUGCAGGGUUUUUAGUCUCUUCUAAAGAUGUAUUUUUCUGUAAUGUCGCAUCCGCCACACAGUGCUGCUUGUGUUCUCAACCGUUGAAAACUAAUGGGUUGUUGUUUUUUUGUCUUUUUUUGAAAUGCCAAAAGGUUAAGUCCCAGAGUGUCUCAGGAGUUUAUUUUAACAAACAAACAAAAGACUCUAUUGAACACUUGGCAGCACCAAAUUUUCUGUUCUCGUCGUCUGAAUAGAAUUCUAUGCAACAUGGAAUCCCCUCAUCUCCUCCUCAUGCUCAAUUUGGUGAAUCCAAACGGCGGCAAACGCUCUCCUCCAAAGUGCUGUGCGACCGUCUCGACAUCCGGGACGUGAGGAGAGGAGAGAAGGCUUGGAUGAAAAAGAUGCAAGUGCGACAAACACUGUACUGUUGAGACAAUAUAAGCGGAGAGACUUAUUUUCAAUCGUGUAAAUACAAAGUGUACAAAAUGGAGAGUAAGUCUGAAAUGUAGAGAUACGGAGCUGUAUAUUGUUGAAUAAAUAUCGUGAUGUAAGAAAGUUUGAAA